UUAAAUCUUCCCCAAAGCGAGCGGUGGAACUGGUUACGGUGUGGCCUUGGGACGUUCCGUUCUUUUGAGUUUAAACACUAAUUCUACAUUUGUAUUGUCACUUGCAGAAUGAUAGUGAGCGUACAAUACUUUAGAAGCAAUCUUCAGAGAUACAUGGAGAAGCAGUUUCUCAAGUUUUGGCUUUGGAGUCCCUAAACUUCAGGUAUUGUCGAAGUUGAAGACUAAUCUCAGGUUGCAGACAAAUAUUUGAUGCCAUUAUUCAAGUUGGAGCAUGUUCCAGGGAUGCCAAAUUAUCCUGUUCUGUGUGAGCUGAGGGAAACCAGAAGAGGAGGAAGCAGGAAACACCACAGUUUGCACACAGCAGCAACAGCACGAUUUCUCUCUGAUUGCUCAGAGGAUGCACAGUUCUGAUCUUCUAAACUAUCUGACAAGUGAUAGGUUGAACAUAUCUGCAGAUUGAUAUGGCUCGACACAGACUUGGAACUCUGAAGAGAAAAUUCUACGCUACAAGUAUCACAAUCCUCUGCCUCUCCACGGUAUUCUAUAAGGUAUGCUUUCGGAAAGGAAACCUAUUGCUCAAAAAGAGAUUAAACGGCACAGAGUCUGAGACGCUUCAAUAUAACUCACUUCACUUCAGUGUACAGGAUAUACUGCGAGGUAAAGAUGAUGGGCCAAGUCAUGACUAUCUCAUCCAAGAUUCAUUUUGGACAUCUCUUCAGGCAAAACAGAAAGAUCAAAAUUAUUCUGGAAUUGUCUUGAAGAGCAGCAUGGAAAAAGAGCUCAGCAAAUCAAAAAUCCAGUUUCAAGGAACAAUCAAUUCAAAGAAUCUUCUGCACCCAUCUGAAAUUACCAGACAUUUAUCCAGAAUUCAGCAACUAAAGGCAACAACAAUCAUUUUCAAUGUAGCAUCGAAACCCACAAAGAAGAAGCUCCUGCAUAAUAAGCAGUGGAAUUCCGGGAUGGUUUGGAAUGAAGACAGCACUUCAAACAAUCUCAACCGGCGCCUACAGAAUUCCAAAAACAAUUAUGCCUCAAUGAAUAGAUAUGCUGUGAACUUCACCGGAAAAAGAAAUUUGAAGAAACUCAGCAGCAAAGAACUGUUAUGUGAACUGAAACAGAGAGUCCAAGUAGCAUCCAUUGAAUUUGGAGAUGAGUCCUUCACAGCCCCUGACUGGCAAAAAUACAUUCCAAACAAGAACCUUACCCAAGCACUUGGCCCAUUCAAUACUUGUGCUGUUGUGGCAUCAGCUGGCUCAAUCCUCCGUUCGAGGCUUGGAGAUGAAAUAGAUGCCCAUGACGCCGUUCUGAGGUUCAAUGGGGCACCUACCAUAGGAUUUGAAUCUGAUGUGGGGAGACGCACAACAAUUCGGCUAGUUAAUUCACAGGUCCUCUUCAGGCCAGAGUUCAAGUUUCAUGAUAAUACUUUAUACAGAACAGGCACCUUAUUAGUGUGGGAUCCAUCGCCAUAUUCAGCUAAUCUGACUGAGUGGAUUAAACAUCCAGACUAUAACUUCUUUGAGUAUUACAAAAAAUAUCGUCAAAAUAAUCCAGACCAGCUCUUCUAUAUUAUAAACCCCAAGAUGGAAUGGCAGCUUUGGGACAUCGUGCAAGAGAACACAGCUGAAAAUAUUCAGCGCAACCCUCCCUCCUCUGGGAUGAUGGGUAUUCUGUUAAUGAUGACCAUUUGCAAUCAAACGGAUGUUUAUGAAUUUAUACCCUCAAGACGAAAAACAGAUCUCUGUCAUUACUAUGAAAGGUUUCAGGACCAAGCCUGUACAAUGGGUGCCUACCACCCCCUAAUGUUUGAGAAGAACUUGGUGAAACGUAUAAAUCAAGGUUCAGAUGAGGAGAUCUACAUGCAAGGCAAAGUUACGUUACCUGGAUUCCGAACCUUCCAGUGUCCUUAGGCAGAAAAAAAUACAAGCUGUCACUGCUUGAUUUAUCAUCCUGUGAAUCUCCAUUACAGUUUACUUAUUAUUAUCAUUUUGAUUUUUCUUUUUGUCUCUCACCUUUAAUUUGCAGAAAAUCUUUAUCGAAUCUAAGCACUUACCAUCAUUUUCCAGUCUUCAGUGUUUGGAACCAUGGAAUACAUGGGAGAAAAGUGUAAAUGUUGCACCAUUGUUUGUAAAGAGUGUGACACGCUCAGCAACCUCAGUCCAGUUUGCCUUGGGAAAGCCUCUAGAAAUAAUAAUUUUGGACAAAAUAAAAAAUGAGUUUGGAAAUUGCCAGCUCAUUAAGGAAAGCCAGUGUGAAUUUGUUGAGACCAAGUUCUGAAGUUAACAGAAUACCAAUAACGCUGAUACUGUAAUGCAUGUGGACUAUCAAAUGGCCUUUGUAUUUGAGUAAUUGUGGAAUCACUUCUGCUGUUAUACAUUAUGUUCUGUGUUGUAGCAAGCAUUGACUGGUUAAGUAUAGUCAGUACUCUCCCAAAAGGCAAGUCACUGAGCUGUAUGGUCUUUGUACUGGCAUUGCAACUGCCCUGUAGAGAGGAACCUCGAUUAUCCGAAUAUCGAUUAUCCAAAUUUUGGAUUAUCCGAAGAAGAUUUCAAGGUCCCCCAAAAAUAUUACAUCAAAGAGGUAAGUGUAUUCGAUUUACCUGUACUGAAGAACAUGUGAAAAUGCUGGCAAAACAAAGAAACACAAGCAGCUCAAGCAUCAGUGACUGGAUAUAUUUUAGGUAAGGGUUAGUACACAGCCCUUUGCAACAGUAACUGUUUUAUAGUAUUCCUGUCACUUUACCGGGCUAUUCAUGGAAAAAACUGGCUGAGAAUGUAAGCGCAUGUGCAAAACGGUGCUUCUGUCUUUCUUUUGCGAGACUGAGUUCCCAGAAACGGACAAAUGCACUUGUGAUCGUAGCAGCUGUUCGGGACCUUGUUUACUGCUGUCUUCACCACUCCUUGCCAAAUGCUAAUGACUGCUGGAUUUUAAAAAAGUUUCCUCAUGUUAUCAUUGCUUAUUUUGCUCAUCAUGUGAAAUCUGUGUCCUGUUGUGCUUAAUUUGUUGAAAUUAUAGAUUUAAACAAAUUCUCCGGUAAGCGCAGUGUUAAAUCAGCAUGCUAUUUAAAGUAAAAUUGAUUAUCUGAAUAAUCAGUUCUCGAAACGAAAUAGUGCCUGCUCAUCUCGUUCGGAUAAUCAAGGUUGCUCUGUAACUCAGUUACCACAUUACAGGUGACCCCUGUUUCUGUGGAAUCAUUUUGCAUGGUUUCAGUUACCCAUAGUUUACUGCGGUCCAAACGUAUUAUUGGUAAGCUUCCAGAACCAGGGACCAAGAGGCCCCCGUGAAAGUAGGUUUCCCAUUUAAAUGAAUGGGUUUAUUCCUAUCCAUGGUUUUAGGCUUCUAGGUUAGAUUAGAUUAGAUUACUUACAGUGUGGAAACAGGCCCUUCGGCCCAACAAGUCCACACCGACCCGCCGAAGCGCAACCAACCCAGACCCAUUCCCCUACAUUUACCCCUUCACCUAAUACUAUAGGCAAUUUAGCAUGACCAGUCUUUGAAUGUAUCCCCCACUGGUAUGGGGCAGACUACUGUACUCAAUGUGAUUGGUGAAAUCUUUUUUGGCCUAAUGAUAACUGUGAUCUUGCAAUUGUUCAGCUCUUGCAAGCUCAACUCAAUCUUAAGUGUGUUAAUAAUAUAAUUCUUGGCACACUUUGGAUUGUUCAGCACAUGAGUCACAUUGUAAGCUUAACUGAUCACGUAGCUCCUAGCUAGCAAGCACACAUAUAUUCCUACGCAAUGACCCAUCUUUAGCAGGAGAAAAGGAACCCAUUCACCAAUUGCCCCUUUUUAGAUUUAAGGAAAAGAAUGGAUGACUGUAGUUCCCUGAUGUAUUUACCAUAGCAACACCUCAGCCCAUCAGAAUUAAUUUGCCAACCAACACAUACCCUCUUCUCAUGCAGGAGAAAGUGACGACUGCAAAUGCUGGAGAUCAGAGUCGAAAGUGUGGUGCUGGAAAAGCACAGCGGGUCAGGCAGCAUCCAAGGAGCAGGAGAAUUGAUAUUUCAGGCAUCAUUCUGAUGAAGGGCUUAUGCCUGAAAAGUCAAUUCGCUUGCUCCUAUGAUGCUGCCUUACCUGUGCUUUUCCAGCAACACAUCCUCUUCUCAAGCAGUUAUGUUUACUCUGCCUUUAGAAUUUGGCAUUCUUACAUUCGUCCAGACUAGUGUAAGACAUGUAACUUUGACAGCUUGUCUCAUUUUUCAGAAGUAUAAUUUUUCUUUUUCACAAAUUAUUCUGAAAGCACAGAAGAAAAAAAUCUACAGAAAUUGUGUAUCCAUACUGAACUUAAGUAUUAUAUAAAUAUUUAAAAGCUUUCCCUUAUUCCCUAGUUGUGGAAUAAAGGUUGUAUGGAAAUGUGAUUAACUGUCAGCUUGCAGUCUGACUCCAGUGCAUAUACCUGAACAGUCAUAUCUCUUGAUGUUCAGUUAAAAUUUCUUCUCCUCAUUUUUAGUCCUAUUUUUGUUUGAUGUACCUCAAAACAGUUUCUCCAGAGGUGUACUUCCGGGUAGGAGGACAAAGAUUUUCUCAGUUCACCAUGUGUGAUGAAAUGCUAAAUAGAAGUACAACGUACCAAUGUAACAACAUAGAAAACCAACCACCUUCCAAAGAGUUCACAAAACCUCGUGCUAUCUAGAAGAAUUAGUCCAUGAAGCUACAAAAAGAAAGUGCCAGACCUGCUGAGUUUCUCUGGCAUUAUCUGUGGAGACAUAGAAAUAGAGUUAACAUUGUGACUCAACUCUUCAGAUGAGCAAGAGAAAACAGAGUUAAUGUUAAGUUCACUAUGACUUCUUCAGGAGAAGUUGAGAAGAGGAAUCGUAUUGGACUUGAAACACCAAUUCUGUCGCUUCCUCCACAGAUACUACUGAGUUUCUCCAGCACAUUGUUUCCUUUUCAGAUUUCCAGAAUCCACAGUAUAUUUUAAUUAUAAUUGUCCAUAAACCUACAUGAAUUUGUGUAUGUUGGUGCAUAUUGUCUGUGGGACUAAAACAUUAUUUCAAAAAUUGUUUGAAAUGAUGUGGGAUAGAUUUUGGGACAGGUAUUUCUGGAUAUACCAUUGAAUGGGUGUGAAAGUGAUUCUAUUGUUGUAAUGAAUUAAAUGUAUCCAUGUUAUAAUGUAUGAAAAACCUUGUACAUAUUUAAUCUCAAACUUGAAAUGUGAACUGUGAAGAAUGUACAGCAUACAAAUGGGCCAUUAAAUCUGCAGAUCCACUUUAAACGUAUUCAUAAAUAUCUAGUUGCACUUUAAAGAAACAAAUUGAAAGUUUUGCGUGAAACAGCUGAGAAGUUUUUUUUUAAUACUGUACAUGAACCUCCUCCCAUUCCCCUUCAUCGAACCCAAUAAACAUAACCUCCUUGUCACUUCCCUUUCUUGUCUUUGCCCAACCUCCUCUUAAAUGCAUCUACAAUAUGUCUCAACUGCUCCUUGUGGUGAGUUUCUUAGCAUAAGGACUUUUUGGAUUCAUUGGAGAGAAAUUUGAUGGAUUCUAAAAUAAAAUCUACCAUUAUCCAUUUAAGCUUUCACCUGAGCUAAAGAGAAGACUUUUGAAAGAAAAAAUCAACUUCUAUUCAAUUUGCAAUUACUGUUUUUGGCAAACAUUCAAUGAGGAUUUGACCACUGAGCAUUUUACUUACUGUCAUUUGUCACAUGUUUUACAUUAUUACCUCUAUCUCCACAGCCAACAGCACUAAAGUCUUUUAAAAAAAUCAAAGGUUAUGAAAAUUUGCUUUUGUGUAGUCUAUAAUCUGUGUUCUAAGAAUUAUAUUGGAGAUUCAAACAGCAAAAAUUUGUAGUUGCAAAUGAAUACACAGCCUCAAAACAACUUUGUGUUAAUUUAAAUUUAAUUUUCAAUCCGCUAUUUGUACAUCUAGGAAUAAUCAGAGAAAUGUAAACCAUCAGACUGAUUUGUCUGUUAUGGUCUGUUGUGUUUUCAACCUGUAACUUAAUCUCAGUGAAAGAUAUUCAUUAAUGUUAUUUUAAGAUCAGAUCUGUAUGACGAGCAACCUGAGUAGCAUUUCUAAACAACUUACAUCCUGUGGUGUUACCUGUCAUUCAAGAAACAUUGAAAAUUAUUGGACAGAUAUUGGGUUAGCAAUUCAUUUUGGUUGGGACUUUGAAUCUCAAACUGUGAUUUAUUUUGCUAGUAGUGAAGAUUAUAGUAGUCAAAGAAAGUAAAUCACUGGUUUAUGGACUAUUUUAAAAAACUGAAUUCAUCUUUAGUGGAGUAGCUUGACUUUAUACAGCUGUUGUUGUAAUGAGGAGCUAAACUGAUUGUGAAAUAAUCAGCCAGAUUUUUUCAUCUGCAAACAUUUUUUCAGAUGCUAUUAAAUAAAAAGAUUUCAGAAAUAA